AUGCCUGACAACAUGAAAAUUAGUGUGAAUGGUCAAUCACAGGUUCCACCCGGCUUCCGUUUCCAUCCAACAGAAGAGGAACUACUGCAAUACUACUUGAAGAAGAAGGUCUCCCACCUUAAGAUUGACCUUGAUGUUAUUCCUGAUGUUGAUCUCAAUAAGUUUGAGCCCUGGGACAUACAAGGUACCUGCAAAAUAGGAACCACGGCUCAAAAUGAUUGCUACUUCUUCAGUAACAAGGACAAGAAGUACCCGACUGGUCUGCGAACCAAUCGCGCAACUGCUGCUGGGUUUUGGAAGGCUACCGGUCGUGAUAAGGUGAUAUACAAUAAUGGCAGGAGGAUUGGGUUGAGAAAGACGUUAGUGUUCUACAAAGGUCGAGCUCCACAUGGACACAAGUCCGAUUGGAUCAUGCAUGAAUACAGACUUGACGAUAACACCAAUGUGAUCAGCAAUCUUGAGGGAGAGGUUCCACAAGAAGAUGUGUGGGUGGUUUGCCGUCUUUUCACGAAGAAAAAUCAUCACAAAACGCUAGACAGCCCCAUAAUAUCUCCAUCGGUCACAGAAGAGGCAGGGACUCAGUGCAAUGAAGGAGCUUUGGAGCAAAUACUUGAUGAAUGCGAGGGAAAGAUACGCAAGGAAGAAAGUAAAGGAAACAAUAAAUCUAAACUUGUCCUCCCAAUUGACCCAGCUGGCCAUCUAACGAAAUUUCCAGGCCUAGGGAGCCCAAAAAUCACCGAUGCUGCAAUUUCUUACCAAACCAUGAUCAUGGACAAUGAAAGUUCAAUCACCAAUCUGCUGGAUCGCAACAUGGUUUAUCAAGACACAACCUGGGAGGCAAUUGAUCAGCUUUUAACUUCACAACUCAAUGACCAAAGUGAUCAGAGUUUUACACAAUUAGCUUCCUGCUUCACUACGGACACAAGUACGAGUCUGGCCUCUUUCUCAGACAUUGGCCUUCACGAUGAUCUCCAAUUUGCAACCCUACGAUCAUCAUCAUCAUCGAAUAAGAUUUACCUUGAAAACCAAGCUAAUAACAACGGAAUAGACCUGUGGUAUUUUCCUCAUAGCACGUUCUAA